AACGCGGUGGCCCUGUCCCUCGCUCAGACACUGUCACCGCUGGGCCUGGCGCAGGCGGCAAUACCCGACACCCACAGAGGCAGCUGCAGCGGGGCCAGGGCAGCGGUGGGACGUCGGCCGUCGGGACUUGGUGGUCCCGGCUGACGGAGAAGCAGGAGAGGUGGCUGUGCCGGUGGAGGCGGCUCCGAUUCCCAGGCCAGCGGGGAGCAUCGGGGGAUAACCCAGCACGAAGCACGACGUGGGUGCAGGCCAGCAUGGACGGAGCUCCGUCGCCCGCCAGCCCCGCCGGGCUCUCGGCGUACGUGGUCGUGUCGCAACUGCUGGGCCUGACGCUGCUGGCCACCACGGGCGCCUGGCUGGGUCGCUACCGGGGCGGCGUGGCCUGGCACGGCCUCCUCCAGUUCAACGUCCACCCCCUCUGCAUGGUGCUGGGCAUGGUUUUCCUCCAAGGUGACGCUCUCCUGGUUUACCGGGUCUUCAGGCACGAAGCCAAGCGCUCCACCAAGGCGCUGCACGCGCUGCUCCACGGCCUGGCGCUGGUCAUCGCCCUCGUCGGCAUCGUCGCCGUCUUCGAGUCCCACCGGACCAAGGGCAUCCCCGACAUGUACAGCCUGCACAGCUGGUGCGGGAUGGCCGCCUUCGUGCUCUACCUUCUGCAGUGGCUCCUGGGCUGCGGUUUCUUCCUGCUCCCCGGUGCCUCCUUCUCGCUGCGGAGCCGGUACAAACCCCAGCACGUCUUCUUCGGCAUCGCCCUCUUUGCCCUCUCCAUUGCCGCCUGCUUGCUGGGCAUUACUGAGAUGCUUCUCUUCAACAUCAGGGACUCCUACAGCCACUUUGUGCCCGAGGGUGUCCUGGCCAACACCCUGGGAGUGCUGCUGGUGGCCUUCGGGCUGGUGGUGGGCUACGUGUUGACGCGGGACGACUGGAAGCGCCCGCCGCUGGCCGAGGAGCUGGCCCUCUCCAUGGACUUCAAGACCCUGACGGAGGGCGAGAGCCCCGGUGGCGGCAGCCAGUGACGUCCCCAGCUCCCCGGUCCCCGGCACGAGCUCCUUGGGGUGUCCGUGGGACGUUCCUGCGUACCCCGUCCCCAGCGUCUUGGGGCUCUGCCCGGCUCAGGGUGACAAGGACAGCGGGGGAAGGACACGCUUGUUGGUGUAACGCUGCCCGUUGGGUUCAGCCUUGCUUGGCCUUAAUCUUCCCCAGCUCUGCCCUGCGCAGCCCCCGGUAACCCCCCCCCCCCCCCCCAAGCCUGCCCUCAGCCCCGCAGGGACGGCAGUGCCACAGGCAGGGGCUGGCAGUGGCACUGGGGCAUGAAGGACGGGGGUCCCUGGGCUCUGCCGUUCCCAGUGCCGACGGGCAGAGGGGAUGUUUGCCAUCACCCCGAUUUCCCGCUCGCUGGCAGCCCAUCGCCCUCCAAGUGCGGCUGCGCGUGGGGGCUGCUCCCCCCGAAGGGCUCCCUGGGGGCUCGGAGCGACCCGGCGCCUGUGCAGGUUCAGCGUCUUCACGUCCGAAUUGUUUUCACCUGUCGUGUCAUGUGUCGUCUGCUCGGUGGAUGUUCCUGACAUCAAUAAAUGUUUGCGGCUAA